CCGGAGGAAGGCAUUCUUGAGACUACGGUUCCCAGUGGGCUGUGCGCGAGAAGGCGGGCGCGUUCUUCUGCCGGAAGUCCGCUCUAGCCCUGGGACCCCGGACUGCUGCGGGAGCCGGAGCUGCCAAGUAGCCGCGGGACCGGGGCCGCUGGGGUCCGGACGGGGGUCGCCAUGAUCCGCUUCAUCCUCAUCCAGAACCGGGCGGGCAAGACGCGCCUGGCCAAGUGGUACAUGCAGUUCGAUGACGACGAGAAACAGAAGCUGAUCGAGGAGGUGCACGCCGUGGUCACUGUCCGAGAUGCCAAACAUACCAACUUUGUGGAGUUCCGGAACUUCAAGAUCAUUUACCGACGCUACGCUGGCCUCUACUUCUGCAUCUGCGUGGAUGUCAAUGACAACAACCUGGCCUACCUGGAGGCCAUCCACAACUUCGUGGAGGUCUUAAACGAGUAUUUCCACAACGUCUGUGAGCUGGACCUGGUGUUCAAUUUCUACAAGGUUUACACGGUCGUGGACGAGAUGUUCCUGGCCGGCGAGAUCCGUGAGACCAGCCAGACGAAGGUGCUGAAGCAGCUGCUGAUGCUCCAGUCCCUGGAGUGAGGGCGCAGGCCCCCCACCCGCCCCGGUCCCCCGGCUCCCUGCUCGCCCCCUUGCCAGGCCCGGGCCACCAGGAAGGAGACUGCACGCCACCGCCUCCGGGCCCAGCCGUGGGUGGAGGCCACCUCGCGCCUUCCGGGUAGCCGUGCCCUUGUCGUGUGACGCUGUGAGUGCACGCGUGGAGCUCCCAAUAAACCCAUGGUCCCGCCCGG